GAUGUUUCUAUAAAUGGUUGCACCUUCUUCGUUUCUCUCUCUAUUUGUAAACCGCGUCUCUAGAGAAUAUAAAAUCAUGGGAGAAAUAGGGAAGAAAAACUAGGAGACUCCCCCAAAGAAAAAAGAGACCCAAAGAAGAAGAAGAUAUCAAAAGAUGAAGCACUGUGAGCUUUGUAAGGGUUUGGCCAGGACUUACUGUGAAUCCGACAAGGCUAGUCUUUGCUGGAACUGCGACGUUAAGGUCCACGGAGCCAACUUUCUGGUUGCUAGGCACACACGAAGCGUCCUUUGUCAUCUCUGCCAGUCUCCGACUCCAUGGAAGGCCUCCGGCGCUGAACUCGGCGUAACUGUUUCAGUGUGUGAGAGCUGCGUCGUUGUUGCCAGAAACAGUACCGAAGGCGAGGGCGAAGAAGACGAGAGCCAAGGAGGUAACGAUGUUGAAUUUGACUCUGACGAUGAUCUAAUCAGUGAAGAUGACGACGAAUAUAGUGAUGAAGAAGAUGUAGCGGAGGAGCAAGAGGAGUUAGACGCCGAUGAUGAAGACGGUGAUAAUCAGGUGGUUCCAUGGUCGGCGUCCUCGACGAUGACGCCACCUCCGGCAGCGAGUUCAUCUAGUAGUGGAGAGUCCGUAAGCACUUUCUGUAAUGGCGGUGAAGAAUUUUCGGAAGGAUUUUCCCUGAAACGAAACCGAGAGGUUUCUUCCCAUCCUACUCAGGACAAUCUGGAUCAUCCAUUUCCUAAACGGAGAUACUUUUCAGCGCUGACUGCUCCGGCAGAUGUGUCCGGCGCCAACGGAAAGGACAGUUCUGCAGAUUCGAAGCCAUCAAAAGAGCUUAAAACCGAUGCAGAGCGGUCUGGUUUAGAAAUUAGAAUCGCUUAAGAAAUUUCGUCGGCAAGGAUCUGGAGCCAUUGAUCUUAAUUCAGCGGAGUAUUAUGACCGUGCGAUCUAAGAUAAUGAUAAUAGUUUUUUUGGUUUUUUAGUCUGACCCAAACCAAAAACAAUUAACCCUUAACUGCUGAUUAGAUUAGAUAACUAGUUGAUUUUUACUUAAGUUUGUAUGAAAUUAGUAAAUUUAGAUUAUAUUUCAUUCGCUAUUUAAUUAAAUUUUGAAGAGAUCGAAAGUGAAAUGUCUAAUUCACUUCUUGUCGAUUGCGCUAUUUUUGUUCAUGUCAAAUAUUUUAAAGACAAGAUAUGAAUAUAAUGUAAUCAAUUUAUACUAUUAAGCUA